AUGUCGGAUCCUGGGCCAAUGCCUACAUUCCUUGGAGCGACAGACCCCAGCGACUAUCAUCAUCGUGGUCCGAGGUGUAUAUCAACUCAUCGGAACGGAUCUAUCUUCCAGCAACUGCAAACCGCAGAGGUGAAUAGUCCACAUCCCGCUAGGCAGAGGCGCUCCGGGUUCGAUAUUAGAGAAGAGCCUAUCUCCGAUUUUAUCAGUAAGGGCUUGAUGACAGUUGACCAGGCCAUGUCAUGCUUUAGAACGUAUAUCCCAAUUUUCGACCCGGAACUCGACAACUUUGCGUCGGUGCGUGCUCGCAGUAGCAUACUUUUGAAUGCCAUCUGUACAAUUGGUAGUCGCGUUGAGACAAAAUCCGGAUCCCAGAUUUCUGAUUUGUUGCACGCAGAGCUCAAGAGAUGGAUCAAUGUUGUGAUUCAAAACAAAACGCUGAACUGCCUAGAAUCCAUACAGGCGCUUCUUAUUGUAGCAUGCUAUUCUGCCGAACGUUCUCUCCUACUUUCAUUUGCGACCCGGAUGGCAUUGGACUUGAGCUUGGACGAGGCAUUCGAAGAACUCAUACAGCGACUAACCAUGAAAGGGAUUGAAGGCAUAUCUGAAUCUCACAUGGCAACUGAUGAAGAAGACCGUUCCUUGAUGCGCAAAUCCCGGACCUGGUUUGGCCUCCUUGUUUUGGAUCAUAUAUUCCAUGUAGAUGGCGGAAAGCCGCCUGGUAUUCGGAUGAGGGGAAAUGCACAUCGAUGCCGCAUUUUGCUCCGUCAUCAUACGUCGACAAUCUUGGAUUUACGUCUGUUUUCUCAGGUUGAGUUGAAUGUUAUACGUGCAAAAAUCAAUGACACUCUAGACACGAAGGAGACGCUAGAUAGACCGGAUAUUGCCGAAUUUGUGCACGAGGCCAAGGUAGAUCUUGACCUGUGGUUUGACGAUUGGUUGCGCAUCAUCGAAAACUCGAUUGCAGCAGAACAAGAGAGACCCUUCCUCUUAGCAGCCCUACGCGUCCAAAAAUGCUGGGCUGAGCUAAUCCUCCACUGCAAAGCCCUGCUAUCAAUGGGAGUAGAGAAUGUGGCUGCCAUGUCCCCUAUUGAACACAAUAUUCUCCUACUCGCCAAGUCUAGUGCCCGAAAACACCUCCGCGUCAUAAGCACGGAGCCAGACUUCUACCUUGCCAAGCUGAAAUACGCCAUGGACUUUGUCUGGGCCAAAUGCGCGUUCUGCUUCCUACUACUUUUGAAACUCUCUCGGCUUCUCCCGGAACGAAGGGAGGAGCACCAAGAACUGCUGGACCACGGAAACAGACUUCUUGAUGAGCUAACUCGGUCCGUAGGAUCCAGCGGGGAAACUACUGGAAAUGGAAGCAUCUACAUGCAAAUUCUAAGGCUAAGUAUUGAGAAAUACGGCCGAAUCUUUCAGGAAAGAGAAGCGGGUGGGGAUCCGGUGGCUACGGCGCCAUUCUGGGAGUCGUUUGAUGCUCAGGCGGACUUGCAGUCUUUUGUGCCUGAGCAAUUUGUUCGAGAGUGGGACUUUCCGGGGCUGAAUUUGUUUUAUUUCCCUACUGCGUGGCAGGAUUUCUUUGGGGACUUUUCGCUAGCUGUUUGA